GUGGAGCCAUGUCUACGUCAAUGAUUUGUCGGUGUUGAAGCAAGAGAACCCUCCUGUCACUAUAUUUCUGGGAAAUAUUUUAAGAUUCUCUUCUCCUCCAAAGUCCUCUUCUCCUCCUCUCAUCUCCAUCUCUGCAUUUGCUCUCUGUAACUCUUUGUGGCUGUAUAUUUGCUUUGGACGGAAUUGCCCCUGUAGAAAAGCAGAAACUUAUCUUCUUUAUUCUGUCCUCUGCAUACUUGGGUGUUUCAGGGUUUUGAGGUCGUACAGAGAGGUGAUAUGAUUUUGACCAAGCAAUACCGUUGCAUACACUCAAAAAGCUGUCAAUGCAUGAAAGGGCAUCUUAGUGAAGAAGUCAUUUUUUUAGUGUUUCAACAAUUGAACUGGAACCCAAAGUUGAUUGCCACUCUGUCAUGCACGUGCAAAUGGUUUGAUGAUCUUGCCAAGCGAAUAUUGUGGAAAGAGUUCUGCAAGACAAGGGCCCCAAAGAUGAUGCUUGAUUUACAAUCUAGUGGGAGUCACAGUGUUGAUGGGAACUGGAGAGCACUUGGCAAGCUUCUUAUUCACUGUUCUGGGUGUACUAAGGGUGGGCUAUUUAAUGGUAUUCAAAUCCCAGGACAUUUUGUUUAUAAAACUCGCUUCUCUAGAACAUCUGGGAAGAGCUUUCUUUUGCCACAAUGCAGAACAGAUGUUUUGUAUAUUUCGGACCCUUGUGAACAUCAUGAUGUUGGGGAUGAAGGGGAUGUGGGCUUCUUCCGUGGAAUUUUCAAGUCAUUCUCUGCAUCAAAAGUUCGGAAGAUGCUUAUUAAAAGGGGGGCCCAGCUUCAUCCAACAGAGGUGUGUCCAUAUUGUAAGGCAAAAUUGUGGAGCAUGCUGCAAGCCAAAAUGAUUCCUGAAAGUGCUAGCUGUAGACUUGGAUCUUACGAGGAUUGUGUCGAAUAUUAUGUGUGUCUUAAUGGACACGUACUUGGGGUCUGCACCCUUUUACCCUUGUCUGACUCAGAAGAGGCAGCAUCCGAGUUCGAAUGAUGGUUGGAAUAUAAUCAGUGCCAGUUCUCCCGCUGUUGCUGGCAUGGAUGAAACAAACUUGGCUGAGACAAUGGAUUCUGCUAUUUAGUACAAUGAAGUUGACCAUUACAAUAUCGUGUUGUGCUUGCUGCUUCCAAGGCCUGCCCUGGCCGAACCUCUUACCAACGAAGUGGUAACUCCGACCAUUUAUUUCAGUCAUCCAUAGCUUUCUGUGAGCAUGUAAUAAUCUGUACAUUUAUGUAUGGCCGUAUUUGUAUUUGUAUGUCUGAAUGUUAUCUGUAAUAAUUUAUGUAUGCCCCUUUUGGUGUUCCUAAACACCUAGUUUACCUGUCUUAUUGUUCCAAAUGCAUACUUGACUUGUAAUAUUUA